GUUGUAGACCCGCCCUUCUACUCAAAGCGGAUGUAAACCUAUUUUUGCUUUAGUGUUAGUGUUCCUCAGCCCCUUUAGAGUUUGGGUUUUUGAAGCCGUCAUGUCGUCGACGAUAAAGAAGAUAGGAAUUACUUAUAACUCUAUCAAUGCCAGCAACACUUUUAGUAACGGAGAUGUGGUUUCUGGUCAGGUAGAGGUGGAAUUAGCCAAAGACUGCCAGAUCGAGUCAUUUUACAUCAAGUUCAAGGGGAAAGCUGAGGUACUGUGGUCGGAAACUUACGGUCAGUCCACUCAAGUUUAUCACUCCAAAGAAAAGUACUUCACCUUGCGGCACUACUUCAUAAAAGGCAAGAACAGCACGGAUGACCAGCAAACACUGAUCACAAAUGAAAGUGGAGCAACCUACUGCAGUGUUGUGCCUCCUGGGAUCCAUGUGUAUCCAUUCUCCUUUCAGUUCCCUCUUCAGGAUAUUCCCUCUUCCUUUAAAGGUGAGGUUGGUAAAAUCAUUUACCAGCUGGAAGCAGUUUUGAGCAGAUCAAUGAGGACGGACAGCAAGGAAAAAGUCCCGCUCAACUUUUUGGCAAGAGAUGACCUGAACCCAGUCGCUGAUCUAAAGGUACCCCAGCAUGAGUCUAAAGAUAAGAAAAUGGGUCUUUUUAAAUCUGGAAGUAUCGCCAUGGAUGUAAACCUUGAGAAGUCAGGCUUUCACCAAGGAGAAGGGUUAAAGGUUUUGGCAUUGAUUAAGAAUGAUUCAUCUCGUGAGAUCAAGCCCAAGUAUUGCAUAUACAAAAAGCACAGCUUUUUUGCUUGUGGGAGAAGAAGGGUCCACACUAAAGAUCUCAUUAAGGAGGUUGGAGCUACAAUCCCCCCAUCGGCCUCCGAAAAAGUCACACAGGUUAUUCCCAUACCUCAAGAUAUGGAGCCCUCCAUCCUCAACUGUAACAACAUCAAAGUAGAGCACAGACUCAGGGUCUACCUUGAUAUUAAGUAUGCUUCAGAUCCCGAGGUCAAAUUUAACAUCUUCAUCCUUCAAGCACCUGCCAUGGCAUCAGCACCACCAGCUGCUUCUGACUUUGGAAAUGGACUGUUUGAAAACUAUGGGAAUCCAAACCCUCCUGUGUGGGACUUUGGACCUCCACAACCGCCGGCCGUGUUUCUGCCUGCUGACCCACCACCCAGCUAUGGAACAUACGGGAUGUACCCUCCUCUGAAUGAUUUUGCUAAUAAAUACUAAACACCCUUACAGUUGCCUUCAGGGGGGAGAUCUAGCCAAAAGCAUGUAAAACCCUUUUGUAGACGUAAUAUUCUUUACUGAUUCUUUUGUUCUUUCACUUAAGCUCAAUGCAGAAAAUGUACAAGAAUUGGUAAUUGUACAGAGCUACAGUUUACCAGCGUUAAUUUCAAGGUUUUUGCGUGUAAAAUAUAAUCAAAAGAUUUAUUUAUUAGUGUUGAAUCUAUAAAUAAGUUUGUUCUUUCCUGAACCUAUUCUGUUUUACUCCCAUCUAUAUAUGUCCUGUCAAAAUAGGUUUUUCUAAAAACUCUUGUUUUCCAUAGGUAUGUGAGGCAUUUGUAAAGUCUCCACUAAUACGCUCUUCCUGAAGAGAAGAAAUAACUUGUGUGGCUUAAAUAAUGCAGACCUCAUCCUUUUUCUGUUAUUAGUAUUAACAUUUUAGACAGUAGAGACUAUAGAUAAAAUAGUGUGUGACUUUUAUUUUGACUAAAACUUUAUUCUUGUUUAUUGAGCUUGGUAUAUAAAUAUGAAAGAUUAUACAUAUUACUCAUAAAAUAAUGCUAUUAAAAAAGACAAGGUGGCUUUACUAUAACUUACUCUUACUCUUCGUCUACUGCUUCAUCCAUGACCAGGUCAUGGAGGCAGCAGUCUCAGCAGGGACUCCCAGACUUCCCUCUCUGCAGACACCUCCACUAGCUCUGGUGAGGGGACAUCAAGGUACUACCAAAGUACUCCCUAUGACAGACAAGUGCAGUGUCCGCAUUAUGGCAGCAACUGCACCAAUCGAUCUAUGGAUCUCCCCAUUCUCCCCUCACUCAAGAAUGGGACCCCAAGAUUUUUAAAUGUCUCGCUUGAGGAAGGAACUCUCCUCCAACCUGAAGUGGACAAGCCACCUUUUUCAUUAGAGAACCAUGGCCUCGCACUUGGAGAAGCUGAUUCUCAUCCCGGCCACUUCAUACUCUGCUGCAAACUGCCCCAGUGCAAGGUGUAGGUCUUGGCAGAAGGGAGCCAGCAGAAACAUGUCAUCCGCAAAAAGCAGGGACAUGAACUGCUGGUUCCCAAACCAGUCUUUUGACUCUGCCUAGAAAUCAUGUCCAUAAAGGUUAUGACAGGGCAGCACUGGCGGAGUCCAAAAUGCACUUGGAAUAGGUCCAACUUAUUGCCGGCAAUGCGGACCAGGCUAAUGCCCCGCUUCUUUCUUAGUUGUAGUAAGGUUGCAGGCAACACUAUCCUCAAUCAACUGCAGCUGUCUGAUCAACUUUGUAGGUGGACCUGUAAAGACUUAAUUGCAGUUAUCAAUUUGGCUAAAGAUAAACGUGGAUUAGUUUUUUGAGAUCCUUCAGAGGCAUCAGUCUUUUAAUCCUGUAUAUUUCUUGAAGUGAUAAAAGACUAUGUUUGUUAUUGUCUUAAGUUUAAUCAUGUAAAGCACUUUGAAUUGUCUUUGUACUGAAUUGUGCUAUACAAAUAAAUUUGUCUUGCCUUU